AUGGACACCGAAGAUAUCAGUGACACUGACGCUGUAGGAGAAGAGGAAGAAGCAGACGCUCACGGCGAUGAAUCGGACGAAUGGGAAGAAGAGACGACAUAUGUUGUCCUAGAUCUUGGGACGGAUGUUACAGUAGAUACUGUUAAAGCGGCGGCAUCCGAAUAUGACGGUGUUUCACUCAUAGGACUGGACACACCCUCACCGUACUUGCGAGUGGGCAAUCUCAUGUUUAAAGGGGCUUUUGACCGGACCAUCGGCACCGAUAUGAUCUUUGCAGCUUCAGCGCAAGAUGAAAACAGACCCAAACGGCCGCCAACGGGCCCGCUUCCCCUCUCCACCGACCCAAACCGGCCAGAUGUCAGCAUGACCUACUUAGGGCAAUCAACCAUGAAGACCAAAUUUAUGCGAGUGACUCUUGAACCCAAAGCACGCCCAUCUAAUGCAUCAGAUGAAGCAGAGAUUACUGGGGCUUCGAAACAACCUGCCACUGAGGCAGACUAG